AAAGCAUACGCCAUGAUUUGAAUCACCAGGAAUUAAUCGGACCACCCCAACCAGAAUGGCGUGGUUCAGUGGGAAAGUCUCUUUGGGGAACUUCCCCGAUCUCGCCGGGGCCGUGAAUAAGCUCCAGGAGAGUGUCAAGAACAUCGAGAAGAACAAGCUGAUGAUAAUGAAGCUGAUGUUAAAGGGCAACAUCUGAGCUCAGGGGAAAAUGCGUCUGACUCUUCAGUGAUUGAAUUGGAGAAGGUGAAGAUGGAGAUGAAGAUGAUGGAAGCUGCAUUGCAAGGUGCUGCAAGACAGGCCCAGGCAAAAGCUGAUGAGAUUGCAAAGUUUAUGAAUGAAAAUGAACAAUUAAAAUCUGCGAUCGAGGAUUUGAAGAGAAAAUCCAAUGAUGCAGAAGUCGAGUCACUGCGAGAGGAAUACCAUCAAAGGGUUGCAACACUUGAAAGGAAGGUGUAUGCUCUUACAAAGGAAAAGGACACGCUUCGGCGGGAGCAGAAUAAGAAAAGUGAUGCAGCUGCUCUUCUGAAGGAAAAGGAUGAAAUAAUUAAUCAAGUUAUGGCUGAAGGUGAAGAGCUUUCAAAAAAGCAGGCUGCUCAAGAAGGACAGAUUAGGAAAUUAAGGGCUCAGAUCAGAGAGUUUGAAGAAGAGAAGAAAGGGUUGAUUACUAAACUUCAGGUAAUUCAUUUAUGUUAGAAUCUUUAAAAUUGUGGUUCUCUGAUUUCGUUUGAUAAAGACAACUCUUUCAGUCAUCAUAAA